AGCAGCACAGCAGCAGCAGCAGCAGCAGCAGCAGCAGCAGCAGAAGAAGAAGAAGAAGAAGAAGAAGAAGAAGAAGGAGGAGAGCAUCAGUAGGGGAAAACGAUGACGUCACCACAGACGAUCCAUCGGCAGAGUAUUCUUCUGAGGCAGAAGAAGCCGGCAUCGAAGACGAACAUCUGCAACUUGGACUCGGAGUAUGCGAGGGAGCUGUCACUAUGGAAGGCGAAGGCGGAGAGAUGGAAGAAGCACGAGGAGGAGACGCGGAUCUCGCUGUGUCCGGAGAAGGAGGAGAAGCUGAGGAGGCAGGAGGAGGUGAGGUUGGCUAUGGAGGAACACCUGAGGUUGAGGGAAGAAGACCUCCGUCGAAAGCUUGAGCAACAGGUGGUGGCGACCCAAUGCAGGCCGGGAUCGAGCUUCUCUCACGCCUACUGGGAGGAUCUGGAGGAGAGGAGACAGCGCGAGAAGCGGGAGUACCUCCAGAGUAUUCUUGAGGAAAACAAGAAGUUGGUGGCUUAUCGAAACGCCCUUCACGCGUGGGAGAAGGAGAGAGAUAUCGAAGAAGAACGAAAUCGCCCCCGCACCAGUACCUGGGACAGGAGACAUUUCCGAUGAGGAGGAGGGGAUAAGCGUAUGGAUGAUGACGUCAUCAGCAAAAGGAACUACUUCUCGAGCAGAAAACAAGCAAAGGUUGUCGCCUAUUGAAACACCUGCCACCCUACAGGGGCUGUCUCUUAUACACAUCUAGAUGUGUAUAAGAGACAGAGCAAGGGUGGGUUGGGUCUGGGUAAAACAAAUUGUGUUUACGUGG